UUGACGUUAGCUAAAGACUUUAGUUUUUGUAUCUGCUUAGUUAACACUGAUUAUGUUGUGUUGCAGAGCAUUUAGCUUAGCAUUAAGAUUAAGCUAUUAUCCAAAGUAAUGGGCAUGUUUAUAUGGGUAUUUUAGAAGACCAGCUUAUAUCGAAGUACCAACAUUACGUUUGUGUAAGCAAAAGCUAGCUUUCUUAAGAUAUCACCGUCCUCUUAGCUAGUUUUUAUUGCAAAGCCCUAAUGCUAACUGUGAGAUAGCUUAAUAUGUAUUCUUUCAGUCACAGUGCCGACGUGUAUGCUUUAUGUGUCACCCUGAACGCUUUUCAGUGCUGCUGUGCACUGUCAUUGCUACCUGGUUUUCAACGUAGUCAAGCCAACUGUCAGUUAUUGAAAUUCAUCGCCUCGAUAUUUCAUUUUGAAAUUUGAGAUCAGCUUGGAGAUUAAGGCUGCUUUCUCGGUAAAGUUACAGCCUGUGGUGCAUGGUUCCCUGUCACGGGAUAGGAGUAACGUUAAGGCUGUAAGGGGCUUAGCCCUCCCUGUGUGACUCUGAAUUCAGAGCCAGGCUGAACCGUAGCCACGGGUCAUGAGCCCGCUGCAGUAAACAGAGAUGUGUGUGUGUGGCAGAUAUGCUUUAUCGGGCAGCACCACCAGUAGAAGCAGGACUCCUCAGUCAGUGAAGUUAUGACCUCCCUUCACAGUUUCACACCACUGUCAACAAGAAGGUGGUGCAAUGGGGCCUCCCUGCCGUUGAUUUCCAUGUCUUGUAUGUAAGAGUUUCCAAGCAGGAUCAUCAGGACUGCUCAUUGUCCAUUACUGAUUAUCUGUGACUGUUCCGGGCCGGACGUUCUUGUCAGGUGACCCACACUCCUUCACAGGGGCCAUGGAGGAGGAGGGGCAGCACAGCUUGGAGUGCAUCCAGGCCAAUCAGAUCUUCCCCAAGAAGUCCCCCAUCCUGGAGGAGGAGAACAUGCAGGUGCCCUUUCCUGAACUGCACGGGGAGUUCACAGAAUAUGUGGGGAGAGCAGAGGAUGCCAUCACUGCUGUGUCCAACUACCGCCUACACAUCAAGUUCAAAGAGUCCGUUGUCAAUGUCCCUCUUCAGCUCAUAGAGAGCGUAGAGUGUCGGGAUAUGUUCCAGCUUCAUGUCACCUGUAAGGACUGCAAAGUUGUCAGGUGUCAGUUCUCCACCUUUGAGCAAUGUCAGGAAUGGUUGAAACGCCUGAAUGUGGCAGUGCGCCCUCCCUCUCGCCUGGAGGAUCUCUUCUCCUUUGCCUUCCACGCCUGGUGCAUGGAUGUGUACGCCGGAGAGAAGGAGCAGCACGGCGAGCUGUGCAGGCCAGGUGAACACGUGACCUCCUGGUUCAAGAACGAGGUGGAGAGAAUGGAGUUUGACACUCAAAAUGCUUGGAGAAUAUCAGACAUCAACAGCAAGUUCAGGCUUUGCCCCAGUUAUCCUCAGCAGCUCCUGGUGCCCGCCUGGAUCACUGACAAGGAGUUGGAAAAUGUGGCAGCCUUUCGCUCCUGGAAGAGGUUUCCUGCUGUGGUUUAUAGACACCUGAACACAGGGGCUGUGAUUGCCCGCUGUGGCCAGCCAGAGGUCAGCUGGUGGGGCUGGAGGAACGCUGAUGAUGAGCACUUGGUCCAGUCCAUUGCCAAAGCCUGCGCCGUGGACAGCAGCUCCUGCAAACACCUUCUCAAUGGAAGCUACACCAACGGCACAGACCUGCCUGAUACUGACUUUGAAUCAUCCAUGACAAACAGCUCAGAGGUGGAGACGUUAGCCACCCAGCCCCACAAGUUACUGAUUCUGGAUGCCAGGUCCUACGCCGCAGCCGUAGCUAACAGGGCCAAGGGUGGAGGCAGCGAGUGCCCAGAGUACUAUCCCAAUUGUGAGGUGGUGUUUAUGGGCAUGGCCAACAUCCACUCUAUCCGUAAGAGCUUCCAGUCUCUGCGUUUCCUCUGUACUCAGAUGCCUGAUCCAGCUAACUGGCUGUCUGCACUGGAGAGCACAAAAUGGCUGCAGCACCUCUCUCUGCUAUUGAAGGCAGCACUGCUGGUGGUCAAUGCUGUGGACAGGGACCACAGGCCCGUCCUGGUGCAUUGCUCUGAUGGUUGGGACCGCACACCUCAGAUCGUUGCUUUGUCCAAGCUGCUGCUUGACCCCUACUACCGCACUACUGAGGGCUUCCAGGUUUUGGUGGAAACUGAGUGGCUGGACUUUGGCCAUAAGUUUGCAGAUCGCUGCGGCCAUGGAGAAAACUCUGAAGAUUUGAAUGAGCGCUGUCCCGUCUUCCUGCAGUGGCUGGACUGUGUUCACCAACUGCAGAGGCAGUUCCCAUGCUCCUUUGAGUUUAAUGAGGCUUUUCUGGUAAAGCUGGUGCAGCACACCUACUCCUGUCUGUUUGGCACCUUCCUGUGUAACAGUGGCAAAGAGAGGAAGGACCGCCAUGUUCAGGAGAGGACCUGCUCGGUGUGGUCGCUGCUCAGACCAGCCAACCGCGCUCUGAGGAACAUGCUGUACUCCUCACACUCCGAGAUUGUUCUCCACCCAGUGUGUCAUGUGCGCAAUCUGAUGCUGUGGACGGCUGUGUACCUGCCCAGCUCUUCCCCCACCACCCCUUCCGAUGAUUCCUGUGCCCCCUACCCUGGGCCCGGUGUCAACCCAGAGGAUGCGCCCCUGGGCAGACGUACGAAGACUCGCUCCUUUGACAACUUGCCCAGUGCAUGUGAGCUGGGAAGCUCACUGGCUCCAAACCGUCGCUCCAGUGACCCAAGUCUGAAUGAGAAGUGGCAGGACCACCGGCGCUCCCUGGAGCUCAACGUGGCAGCGGGGCCUGAGGGAGGGGGGUACCAGGAUCAGGAGGUGCGGCCUAAUGGAGUUUUGGUUUACGCAGAUGGCAUGGACUCUGAGCUGGAUGACAGCCCACAGCCCCAGGACUUACAAACUGAGCUUGGGCGGGGAGCCUCUGUGAAUCCGGCAUCAGUUGGUGAGGAAGCAGAGGAGGCUGAGCUUUCUGUGGCAGUAGGUGUGGCCGAGGGCCAAAUGGAGAACAUUCUCCAGGAAGCCACAAAGGAGGAGGCAGGAGCAGAUCAGAAAGAGGGAAGUACUGCUGUCAGUCAUGUCUUUAACAAUGUUGACAUAGAGCUGAAGCAACAAGCAAAAGUUGGGGAGGAGGAUCAGUGUGUGAAGGUCAAUGGGACUGAGAUGCACAGAGAAGCAUUUGUUAAUGGUCACCAUCUGGAAAAUGGUGUAAUGGAAUCUGAGGAGGAUGGGAAGUCGCCAGCUCAGGCCAAACAAAAGGCAGAGGAGCUGGAUCAACAGGCAGCUGAGGUGACUCAGACACCAGAGAAUCUGGUGAAGCAGGAUGUUGAAAACGCUUCUGUACAAGAGCUACUUGCACUUGGAGCCAGUGAGCCACAGCAGCCUGCAGCCCAUAGAACUCUAACUAAUGGCUUUGUGGACAUGUCAUCUGAAGAGCCAGGUGUGGAUCAGGAGACCCGCCGUGACUCUGAAUCUGACCGCUGUGUCUCUGAGCUGGUGGAGCUAGUGGAUAAGAGGGCCUCCCUGAUGGAAAGCUCCACAGAGACUUUAACUGAAGAGGCCUGCAGCAGGUUGGAGCUACCAGCACAGCCUCCUGUUUGCCUCAGUUGUCAGCCCUGUAGUGACGGCAGGAGCGAGCUGCCCUUCUCCAGGAAAGAGAGAGGACUGGAGACAGGCGAACUCGGCUUUAUCAGAACUUUAAAUGGGGGCACCAAGCGACCCUCUGUCAGUGCCUUUCAGUCUGCCAGUGCUGACCUCAGCAGGGACGGACUUUGUAACGGUGAAAGCUCCUAUGGUGAGCCCUGUGGGGGUCCACACUGUGUCAAAGGGAAUGGGGAGCGGGCCCCUCUGAGUCGACAGGUGUCUCUAGCGAGCUGUAACUCCCUAGUCCUCCCCCAGCGGGGCAGCUGCUCCCAUUACCGCUGGUGCCUUGCCUCACUGGGCCGGGCCGCCAACAGCCCGGAGCAGCCGUCCCGCAGCCACCUGGACGAUGAUGGACUGACGCUGCACACAGACGCCAUCCAGCAGAGGCUGAGGCAGAUCGAGGCAGGGCAUCAGAUGGAAGUGGAGACUCUGAAGAAGCAGGUGCAGGAGCUCUGGUGCCGCCUGGAGAAUCAGCAGCACAUCAACUCACAUAGGAUCAACGGAGACAUGGGAGAUGAAGUGACCUCGAUGACAGAUUCAGAGUACAACCUAGACCCCAACUGUUUGUCACGCUGCAGCACAGAGCUCUUUUCUGAGACCAGCUGGGAGCAGGUGAACACACAGGACAUGGAGGUCACUCGCUGGUACCCUGAUCACUUGGCAGCCCAGUGUUACGGCUGUGAGAGCAUGUUCUGGCUCGCCACCAGGAAGCAUCACUGCAGUGGCAGGGAACCUGUCCAGGAGGUCUGGAACUGCGGUAAUGUGUUCUGCGCCAGCUGUUGCAACCAGAAGAUACCAGUGCCAAGCCAGCAGCUGUUCGAGCCCACACGCGUCUGUAAGACCUGCUACAGCAGCCUCCGGCUCAGCUUGGCUCCCCUGGACCUGGAGCUGGAGAAACCCAUCACAGCCAGCUCCAACUGAGGCCCAGAGGAGGCGGACAAGAGGGGGAAUCAAGCCGAGCUGCCAGCCGCAGGCACACUGCUGAAGAAGAGCACAGGAGCUACUUUGUGUGUGUGUGUGCGUGCGUGUGCGUGCGUGCGUG